ACAGAGAGGGGGGAAAAGACAAGCCCCUCGGUAUUUCUCUCUUUCUCUCUCUCUCUCUCUCUCUGCUACCUAAUCUAACCGACCGUUGACUGAUGAUUAUUUUGUUUUAAUUGAUGUUAUUUGAUUUGACUAAUAUUUUCUUUUUUUUUCUUCCUUUCUUUUUUCUUUCCUCCCAUUAUUUUCUUUUCUCUCCCUUCUUUAAAGGAAAAGGGCAACAAGACAAGAAAAGAAUAAAAUCCCCAAAAAAAUAUCAGGCUCCACCAAAAGGAGGGACUGGAACUAAACCCGAACGGCAUUGACUAAUUAAUCCCCAUUCCUCCUACUCACUAACACAGUCUAACUCACUAAACUAAACUUGCCUACCACCACCACCAUCUCUCGACCACGACUACUACCUUACGCUCGUCUUUUUCUUUCUUUCCCUCCAUUCCUCUUCUUUUCUUUCGUCCUCUUCUUUUUCUUGUCAGUUCAUUAUUCUAUUCCUAUCUACCAGUCCCCCCCCCUUUUUUUUUUCUU